ACUGGGAGAGUGAGUGGUGGAAGUGGAGUUGAGUUGAGUUCGGUUGAGGAUGCUCCUGGUUCCAAUGGUUGUGUUGUUUCUCCCUUGGCUGCAGUCUGCACUCGGAGGGCGGAACAUGUGGCUGAUUAAGCAACAGGUGCUGCAAUCCCAGGAGCAGAGGAUACUGAAGCACUUGCUGAAGAACAGCAAUGGGAUGACUGAGCCCAAGGAAGGACUCUUUCCACAGCCACUGGAUCACUUCAACAGAAGGAACAAUGGCACUUUCAAGCAGAGAUACUGGGUCAACGCCAAUCUGUGGGAGCCACGCCUGGGUCCAGUGUUCCUCUUUAUUGGUGGCGAGCAAGUCCUAUUAUCAAGUAGCGUGUUGGCAGGUGAACAUGUGGACCUAGCACAGAAAUACAGGGCCCUGUUGGUCUCCCUGGAGCACCGGUAUUAUGGAAAAAGCAUUAAUCCUGAUGGACUGACCAAUCAGAACAUCCAGUUUCUGUCCAGCCAACAAGCGCUCGCUGACCUAGCAACAUUCCAUGAGUUCAUUGGCCAACAGUACAAUCUGACCAGAAACAAUCGCUGGGUUUGCUUUGGGGGCUCUUACCCAGGCUCCCUCUCUGCAUGGUUCCGGCUGAAGUUCCCUCACUUGGCUUUUGCUGCUGUUGCUUCGUCUGCUCCUGUCCGAGCCCAGCUGGAUUUCACUGGAUUCAACAAGGUUGUGUCACACAGCCUGUCAAACCCAGUGGUGGGCGGAUCCAUGAAGUGCCGGUCUGCAGUGGCAAGUGCUUUCUCCCAGUUGGAUCGGAUCAUGGCGGGCAGCAACACCUCCCAGCUGGAGGUUGACUUCAAGUCGUGCCAGAAGCUGAACGGGAGCGACGACCGUGCGGAGUUUGCCUGCAACCUGGCCAGUAUUGUCAUGGGAACCGUCCAGUACAACAAGGUGGUGUUGAGCAGAAACAUCGCCAACCUGUGCCAGAUCAUGACCAAUCAGAGCCUGGGCUCCGUCUACCAGCGGUUGAUGGUCCUCAACAAGGAUUACAUGGACAGCAUAGAGCUGCAAUGUGUGGACAACUCUCAUCAGAACAUACUGGCCAACCUGAGGAGUACAGAAGUGAAACCAUACGCUAUGGCAGAUCGACAGUGGUACUACCAGAUGUGCACUGAGUUUGGUUACUAUCAGACGUGCGAGGACAAGGGCUGCCCACUCUCCCACUGGCUGACAUUGCGGUUUGAAUUGGAUAUUUGCGCCGAGGUAUUUGGUAUUGAUCCGGGCAGCGUUCAGGAUGCUGUCGAUUUCACCAACUCUUAUUACGGAGCUGAUCAUCCAGCAUCCAGCCGCAUCAUCUUUGUCAAUGGUGACAUUGAUCCGUGGCAUGUGCUCAGUGUGCUGAAGAACCAGUCAUGUUCUGAAGUGGCCUUAGUCAUUAACGGCACUGCACACUGUGCAAACAUGAACCCUGUGGAGCAGGACGACCCACCAUCUCUCCGCCAAGCCAGACAGAAAAUUGAUUAUCAGAUUGGAGCAUGGUUGGCUGAGGAACAUCUGUCUUCAUGGUAACCGUACCCAGAAUUCCAAGCUCAGGAAGACUGCAUGCCUUGCACACAGUGACUGGGUGUGCAAUGUAAUUCCAAUUCAAGGAAAGCUUUUGUAUGUUAACCUGGCCUAAUCAUUGAGAAUCUAUUUUUAAGGAAUGUGUCUGUGUCUGUCUCUUUUCAUUGAGAGAUACAGAGGGAGGUAGAUACAAUCUUUCCACCUUCUUUUCUAUGCCUCAAGGAUGGUUUGGGGAGAAUUGGGUAAGUUCUGAAGUAAGUCUUGGAUUUACAAUUUCCACAUUUUAAUGUUUGUUCCCUGAGGUGUGUCCCUCCCCAACCUCCAACACAGGCUGUUGCAGGCCCGUGGGUUGAAGGUUGGAGUGGAGGUGUUCCUUAGCAUUACCACUUGGAGUACCGUGGCCCUUGUUGAGAUAGAGACCAGCUUAAUUCUGUCUUGGCAGUGUAUAGCCAGCCUGUGCCACACUGGUAAAUGAACUACUGAUCCCUGAGGUAAACCUUGAUCUGUCCAGCUGCUGUUUCCCUUUGGAUAGGGGGACCUCUAAUGUAUUGGGAAAGGGCAUGUUCUUGGGGUUAAGUCCUUAAGUGUCUUCCUCCUGAAGGUUGGAGUCAAUGUCGCUUGUACUGAAAGCAUCAUUUUCAUUGCUAAUUCUCUGUAAGGUUCCAACCUUUUUCCUUGCUGACUGUGCACAAGCCCUUUUAGGGCUGUUGCUGCAUGUAACAUCCUGCUGCUGUUGUCCUUCAGAACAACUGGCCUUAUGCCUGGACCUUGUGCAUCUUCCAUCAGUUUGGAUUUCAGUUGUUUAGAGGGGAAGUGCCCCCUAUUGGCAGUAGACAAAGCUGCUGAUAUCCUCACUUGCUUUCAUUUGCCUGUUGACGUGAGGUGACAGGAUGUGCCUGCUGGUUGGCUUUAAUGUGAGCUGAGGACACAGGCCACUUACAUUCAAAAACUAUUGUCAGCUGACUGAUUCAGGUACAGGCCCUUUCUCAGAAAUACUCCAUUGACCCCAAUAAACUAACUCCUAUAUAAUUGCGAAGCACAUAUUCUGAGUAAGCUGAAAGAUGUGGUCAAUCCUAAGAUGUAACUUUAAGGAAUGUUUUUAAAUUGUUGAAGAUCCAAUUUUUUUUAUAAUCUUGUUGUAAUUCUAAUGUGAUUUUUAAAAUGCAAUCAAAUUAAAGUGUUUGAAACUUGG